AUGGAAAACAACAAUACGAACGAUCACGACAUCACGGAGGUGGCGGCGCAGCAGCAGUCCGCCGUGAACGAGAACGGUUUCAUGACGGUGAUCAACCACAGCAGGAUCCGGCCACCCUUUAGCGUGGUGUGUACGACAGUCCUGUACUGCGCGGAGUUCAUCUGCGCUGCGGUGCUCUGCAGUUUAUACCACAAGACUGACGACGUCGUGUGGAUGGGACUGAGCAUCACAUUCAUGCUGGUGCCGUCGGUGCUGACCCAGCUCACCCUGACGUUUGUGCACCGAGAUCUCGGAAAAGACCGGCCGCUUGUGCUCUUCAUGCAUCUGCUUCAGAUGGGGCCUAUCAUAAGGUGCAUUGAAGCUCUGAUUGUUUACUAUCAGGCAGGUAGGAAAGAGGAGCCAUACGUCACCAUUUCAAGAAAGAUCAAGCUAAAGCACGGGAGAGGUUUGGGCCCAGCUUUAGAAUGGGAGAUCGGACACUCCGAACGCAAGUUAGCCAUCCACCGCAAUGCCUUCAAACGCACAGCUGUCAUUCAGGCCUUCCUGGGGUCCACCCCUCAGCUUACACUACAGCUCUAUGCCACCAUACAGGAAAAAUACAUUAUUCCUGCACGAUUCGCUCUGAUGAUCAUAUCCUUGAUAUCCAUCACAUACGGGGCAUUAGUGUGCAGUGUGCUGGCCAUACAGAUCAAAUAUGACGACUACAAAGUGAGAAUGAAACCCAUUGCCUACCUGUGCAUGAUCCUCUGGAGAGGGUUAGAGAUCGCCACACGGAUCACCACCCUUGUGCUCUUCAGCACAGUGUUUACACACUGGGUGGUCCUAGUGGGCCUGGUCAACCUGUUCGUCUUCUUUUUCCAACCCUGGGUGGAGUUCUGGGCCAGGAGGGCAUCGUUGCCUGAGAACGUAGAGACGAACUUCAGCAAGCUGGGCACCACUGUGGUCCUCUGCAUGGUCACGUUUCUUUAUGCCUGCAUCAAUAUUUUCUGUUGGUCGGCCGUGCAGCUGGACCUCGCAGACCAUGACCUUGUAGAGAAACAGCCCCGCUGGAGACGCCUGGCUAUUUACUACACCCUGCGUUUUGUGGAGAACGUGAGUCUCAUCAUCUUGUGGUACCACUUCAAAACAGACUUCUAUGAAUACGUGUGCACGCCGUUGCUUGUGGUGCAACUCAUCGUGUGCUAUAGCCUAGCCGUGCUUUUCAUGCUCGUCUUCCAUCAGUUUUGCCAUCCAUGCCGCAGACUCUUCCAUUACAACGUCGAGGACUGUCUACAAUGUGCGUGCUGCUGGAAGAAAAGGCAAUCGCUGCCACCUACCGACCCUGAAGUUGCUUCUCAGGAUCCGGCCCCUCCUGACCUCACUAGCUAUCUAACGGAAAGAGAGACCGAUAUUGUGGAUGAUAUUUUGGAUGCAGCAUGAAAUGUGUGUUGUUAUGUUCCCGCAGCGCUGUUUUGGUCCAUGCUAGGCGUAUUUGCACAUAUCCUGACUCAGGAGUAUCAUAGUGACUCUCUACUGUACUUUGUGAAGAAACAGUUGAUUUUAUAAGGUCCUAAAAGCUUCAGGAAUCUUUUAUGUAGUUUGGAAACCUCCUCAAGGAGAAAUGUAACAGUGGUGUAGAGAGAGUAGCUCAUCAAUUAUUAAUUGCGGAGCGCUGAUCCGAAGUCCAAAGAAUGUGUUCUGUUGAUGAUGUUUCACAAAGGCUGGCUUUAGUGGACAGUUGCAUGGCCAGUCUGCAGACCAGGUGUGUGGGAAAUGUGCCAAGCGUGCCUAGCUGAAAGAAGCUAUUUUUGGCUCCCGUUUCACUACUCCUUUUAGGGGAAAACAUGACUUGAAAAGCCGGAAAGCCUUUCAAGUUUUUCUGAAUUUGCCUCGAGACCCAUGUUUUUUUAUUUUUAAUUGGAAGAGCCGCCUUUAACUUACUAACUGAACUGUGGAAUGCUUUUGCCUUAAUAUUGUGAGACAUUUUGCCUAAAUAGAAUAUUAAAGUAAACAGUGCUCUGUGUUAACUGUGUUAACUUUCAACUGUAAAAAAAAGUCUGGUUUAUUUUGUAUGGGAAUAUGUUUACCUGUGUUUUUGAGUUGUGUUUCUUUACCACUGAUUUGCAAUAUAUGAAUAAAAGCAAAAUUUACAUU